GUCUGUACCAUGGCGACGGGCGGCCGCGGGCCUGUGGUGGCGAUGGCCACUGGGUCCAUCCUGUCGGCUGCGAGUGUGACUCUGUUCCUCUUGCUGGUGCUCCCUCGCGUCUCACAAGCUCAGACCUUCUUUCUUCCUUUCCGGCAGCCGGAGACGUGCGGCCACAACCAAUACUUCGAUAUCUCGGCGCUCUCCUGUGUGGCGUGUGGUGCCAAUCAGAGGCAGGAUGCCCGAGGAACUUCCUGUGUGUGUCUACCAGGAUUUCAGAUGAUCUCUAAUAAUGGAGGACCUGAUAUUAUUUGUAAAAAGUGCCCAGAACACAUGAAAGGUGUUACUGAAGAUGGCUGGAACUGUAUUUCUUGCCCUGGUGGUUUAACUGCAGAAGGAAAAUGCCACUGUCCCACUGGCCAUAUUUUAGUGGAAAGAAAUAUUUUAGCUAUUUUUGUUUUAUUAUUGAUGUUAUGUAACUUACGUUUUAAAAAUAAUUUUUGUUGUAUUGACAGGUGUGUCCGAUGUGAACCAACAUUCAUUAAUACCAACAGGUCCUGUGCAUGUUCAGAACCUAACAUUUUAACAGGGGGAUUAUGUUUCAGCAGCACAGGGAAUUUUCCUCUACGUAUGAUUUCAACUGCACGUUAUGGAGAGCUUGGCAUAUCUUUCACUUCAGAAUGGUUUGCAAAGUAUUUGCAGUCAUCAGCAGCUGCUUGUUGGGUGUAUGGCAAUCUAACAUCUUGCCAAGCACUUGGAAAUAUCUGUGUAAUGAACAUGAAUUCUUAUGACUCCUCUACUUUUGAUGCAUGUGGAUUGUUUCAGGUUAUCUUUGAAAAUACUGCUGCACUGGGCACUGUUCAUUCUGUUUCCUUUUGGAGACAGAAUCUUCCAUGGCUGUUCUAUGGAGACCAGCUAGGAUUAGCACCUCAAAUACUUAGUACUACACCUCUUCCUACAAAUUUCAGUUUUAAAGGGGAAAACCAGAAUACAAAACUGAAGUUUGUUGCUGCUUCCUAUGAUGUGAGAGGAAAUUUUCUCAAGUGGCAAACUUUAGAAGGAGGAGUUUUACAGCUUUGUCCAGACACAGAGACAAGACUAAAUGCUGCUUAUUCUUUUGGAACAACCUAUCAACAAAGUUGUGAGAUUCCUAUCCCUAAGAUCUUAACUGACUUUCCUAAUCCUACAUUUUAUGAUGUGUACCUUGAAUAUACUGAUGAGAAUCAGCACCAAUAUAUCUGGGCUGUGCCUGUGUUAAACUUAAAUCUUCAGUACAAGAAAAUGUUUGUGAACCAAGACAGUAGUUCGGGCAAGUGGCUUCUGACUCGGCGCAUUUUCUUAGUGGAUGCAUUAAGUGGACGGGAAAAUGACUUAGGAAGCCAGCCAAGAUUAAUUAGAGUCGCUACCCAAAUAUCACUGAGCAUCCACCUUGUACCCAACACAAAAAAUGGAAACAUUUACCCUCCCUUAAUUACCAUUGCCUACAGUGACAUUGAUGUCAAAGAUCCCAACAGCCAGUCUGUGAAGGUUUCUUUCUCAGUAACAUAUGAAAUGGAUCAAGGAGAAGCACAUGUCCAGACAGAUAUUGCUUUAGGUGUGUUGGGUGGACUAGCUGUUUUAUCAUCUCUUUUGAAGACAGCAGGUUGGAAGAGACGCAUUGGGAGUCCCAUGAUUGAUUUACAGACAGUUAUGAAAUUCUUGGUUUACUACGCUGGUGAUCUGGCCAAUGUUUUCUUUAUCAUCACUAUAGGAACAGGUCUUUACUGGCUUAUUUUCUUUAAAGCGCAGAAAUCUGUCUCUGUUUUGCUACCAGUGCCAGCUCAAGAAGAACGUUUUGUUACUUAUGUGGGAUGUGGUUUUGCUCUGAAGGCUCUGCAAUUUUUGCAUAAGCUCAUCUCCCAGAUUACCAUAGACAUAUUCUUUAUCGAUUGGGAGCGGCCUAAAGGAAAGGUUCUUAAAGCUGUUGAAGGUGAGGGUGGUGUUCGGAGUGCUACUGUUCCUGUAAGCAUAUGGAGAACUUAUUUUGUGGCAAAUGAAUGGAACGAAAUUCAGACUGUGAGAAAAAUUAACGCACUCUUUCAAGUACUUACUGUCCUCUUCCUUUUGGAGGUUGUGGGAUUCAAGAACUUAGCAUUAAUGGACUCAUCCUCUAGUCUUUCCAGAAGCCCACCUAGCUACAUAGCUCCUUACAGCCGCAUUUUGAGAUAUGCUGUGUCAUCUGCUCUUUGGCUGGUCAUUGGAAUUAUACAGAUUGUGUUCUUUGCUGUCUUCUAUGAGAGAUUUAUAGAAGAUAAAAUUCGACAGUUUGUUGAUUUGUGCUGUAUGAGUAAUAUAUCAGUGUUUCUGUUAUCCCACAGAUGUUUUGGCUACUACAUUCAUGGUAGAUCAGUACAUGGGCAUGCUGAUACUAAUAUGGAGGAAAUGAAUAUGAAUCUUAAAAGAGAAGCGGAAAAUUUGUGUAGCCAAAGGGGUUUGGUACCUAAUACGGAUGGUCAGACUUUUCAGAUUGCAAUUUCUAGUCAGAUGAGGCAACACUAUGACAGAAUUCAUGAGACACUAACAAGGAAAAAUGGCCCUGCUAGACUAUUGGGUUCAUCAGGAAGUACUUUUGAGCAGAGUGUAAAAGCAUAUCAUACUAUGAAUAAAUUUCUUGGCUCUUUCAUCGAUCAUGUUCAUAAGGAAAUGGACUACUUUAUAAAAGAUAAGUUGCUUCUUGAAAGAAUUCUUGGAAUGGAAUUCAUGGAACCAAUGGAAAAAAGCAUCUUUUACAAUGAUGAAGGAUAUUCUUUCAGCAGUGUUCUGUAUUAUGGAAAUGAAGCUACCCUUCUUAUUUAUGAUCUGAUGUUCUUCUGUGUUGUGGAUUUGGCUUGCCAAAAUUUUAUUUUAGCAGCCUUCCUUACAUACCUACAACAAGAGAUGCCAGCAUUGAGCAGAACUAGAAUCCCAUUUACCAUCUGCACCAGAUGUUACCAUAACAAAAAGGCAAACUCUGAGAUCUAGCUCAGGGCUCAGCCAGUGUAACUUUGAUUUCACACAUUACCUAGCUGCUUGGAUGAAAAAACAGCUGCGUGGAUCAGUGUGGAACCUGAAAUGGAGACUUCAAGAAAAGCCAAGUUUGUUCUAGAAAUGUUAGCAUUCGAAUCACCCACAUAUUCCCCACUUAGGUCAAAGUCAUGUAUGGGUUAGUGGUAUGAUGGGUUAGUUCUUGAUAGAGAU